AUGGAUUCAGAAGCAAAAUUUUCAAAAUUGGCAGAGGAUGAUUCUAUUUAUCGAUUUUAUAGCACAAUUGAAGGUAGAAUAAUAGAAUUUAUUAGAAGUCGUGGGCAAGUUACUUUGGUUGAGUUGAUAGCAUAUAUAGACUACCAUAAAAAUAAGCUUAGAGAUAUUUCAUCAAGAAAAUAUAAAGAAAAGAGCAUUGAAACUCUAGUUAUUUCAACUUUAAUAUAUAAGAAGCAGAUUUUUAAUGAGGUUUCAGAUGGAAAUUGAACCAUAAAUGUAAACAUUAUUUUAGAUUGAUUCUGCUUUAGAGUAUGAAAAAAACGUGAUCAAAAAAAUCGAACACUCUUGUAAAAAGAGAGUUGAACAGCAUAAAAAAUAUAAAUCCAAAUUACAUGAGGAAGAAAAAUUCAAAGUUUUUGAAAAUUUGGUCGAUAAUGAUAUUUACAACAAGCUAAUCCAAUUGGAUGAGCUAAUGGCAUCUUCUAAUGAGCAAGUGCAGAAGCAGAUUUUAGAAUAUUAUGAUAGCAGCAAAAAUAUAAGUAUUAAUAGAUAA